GGCUACUGCUAUUUCAAGUGGUAGAUCAAAUCUAAGAUUGAGAUCUAUAGCAAGGUUACUCGCUAAACGCAAUAUUAUAAAAAGAAACAGCUUAGGAAUCCUUUAAGAUUAUCACAAGGACAUGUCUGAGCUAGCGUAGUCUUCUCUGUCAGAAGAACAUAGAUGCUGUGCAUAUUGGCCUGUUUCAAAAUGAUCCCCCCAGGAGAUGCACAUUAUGCAUCACAUGCAGUUUAAGUGGAUAAGUUUUUGUACCAAGCCACCAACCUACAAUCCAUUGCCAAACACAGGGAAUAAAUAUAAUGUUGAUGGACAUCAUUUGGCUGGGCCAGGGGAGAAACUGGACAAAUUUAGUUGGUUAUCACAACAUGGGCCUCAAUUUCAUAUACAUGGAGAACAAGUCCAAGUAAUCACUGAGCCUGCUCAGUUCUAUGAAGUUUUGAAAUUAAAGACAAGAAGAGCCAAACAUAGAAUCACAUAUGCAUCAUUGUACCUUGGCACAGGAGCUCUAGAAAAGGAUUUGGUUUCAAGUAUGAGAGAAGCAUGUCUGAAUGCAGUUCAUGCAGGAAACUCAAAGUUUGAGGUCAAUGUGUUACUCGAUUACACCAGAGGCUCAAGAGGCAAGGUUAAUUCUCGUUCCAUGCUACGCCCUCUUAUGGCAGAGCACAGCAAUGUCAAGGUCUCACUGUACCACUCGCCAGACUUGAGAGGCUUGUUAAAAAAAAUUCUCCCCGAGCGCUUUAAUGAAACAGUGGGUCUAACGCACAUUAAGGUCUAUUUAUUUGACGACAGCUUCAUCAUUAGUGGGGCCAAUUUGAGUAAUGACUACUUCACCAACAGACAAGAUCGUUAUAUUUUAUUCAACGACUGCCCAGAGCUGGCCAAUUUCUUCAAUGACUUGGUUAAGACCAUCAUGUCCUUCUCUCUAGACCUUUCACCUGAUAACACACUGAACCUGUCUCCAGGAUGGAACUGCCAUCCAUAUAAAGAAACUGAUGGUGGUCUGGGGUUUAAAGUAGCAGCCAGGUUAAAAAUCAAUGAUUGCUUGAAAAUGGAAGAUUUUAGCAGUAUUGGAAAUAACAGCAGCAUAAGUGCUGAGAACACAAGGCUAACAGGUGAUAACAGGAAGAAUGUUGAGACAGAUACUGUCGUGUACCCUUUGGUUCAGAUGGGCCCUUUUGGAGUGACUCACGAUGAGAUGGCAACCUUGGGGUUAUUCAGGUCCUCUGAGCCCAAUGAUAACAUCCUCCUGGCAUCUGGCUACUUUAACUUGACUGACCAUUACAUGUCUGUUAUUUUGGACCAAUCACUUGGAAAAUUUAGUAUUCUAAUGGCUUCACCUCAGGCCAAUGGAUUUUUGGGUGCUAAAGGCAUUGCAGGGGCAAUUCCUUAUUCUUAUAUUUAUCUUGCGCACGAGUUUUACAAAAGAGUGAAGGAGAGAAAUCAGACCAGGCGAAUUCACCUGAUGGAGUAUGUCAGAGACAGGUGGACUUUUCACGGUAAAGGUCUCUGGUACUAUUUACCCAGUCAGCCACUCCCUACACUGACACUUGUUGGAUCACCAAACUUUGGUUUUAGGUCUGUUUACAGAGAUUUAGAAUGUCAAGUUGCAUUGGUUACAGAAAAUAAACAUUUACAAGAACAGUUACGAGAGGAACAUGUUCGUCUGUUUGCUUCAUCCCAGCCAGUAGAUGAAUCCACAUUUCAAGGCCGUGAUCGAUAUGUCCCUUUGUGGAUUCGAUAUGUUACUAAAUUAAUAAAAAAUUUCUUUUGAUAUCUUUAA